AUGGUGGAUGGCCCGCUGUUCUCCGAGGGGCCAGGCAGCCCUAGAAAGCCCCAUGAUGGAGAGUCUGCCGGCUGCUUGUGGAUACAGAAAUCCAAGCUGUUAGUGAUAGAAGUGAAGACCAUCUCCUGUCAUUACAGUCGCUGGGCUCCUGCUCACCAGCCUAUGGACCCUACCGGGGGUCCUUGGGCCCAGGAACCUUCAAGCCGCAGAUAUGGGCUAGGCCAGAAGCCCCCAGAACAGCUGCUUCGUCGGGCUUGGAUGCCCCGAGUGUUGCAAGAGGCAACCAACUGGGGAACAGGGCAUCCACCCGAGAUCCGCCCCCGGGAGCAAGAGAAAAGGAAGGCGGCCUCUCAGGAGCGUGAGGCCAAAGAGACAGAGAGAAAGCGGCGCAAGGGAGGUGGGGGUCGAAGCUGGAGCCCCCCAGGUCUUUGCCGAUCAGAACCUCGGAGUCCACUGGGCCGAACCCGGGGUGGAGGUGGGCCCCGCCCUGAACCUGUCCCUGUCCCGAAGACCGCCCAGCCCAAGGCCCGUCAGGUCCCUCGGUUUCCAGAGCACCCUGGUCUGGCCUGCCGGCCGCCCCGUCCAACAACGCAGUCGCUGCGAGAGCUUGGGACAGCUGCGCGAUUGGGGCCCCGCCUGGGGCGGCCCUCUGGGCCUCCCAGUUAUGAAGCUCACCUGCUCCUGAGAGGCGCGGUCGGGCCGGUCCCGAGGAGGCGCUGGGACAGGCCUCCACCCUACGUGGCUCCGCCUUCUUAUGAGGGCCCCCACCGAACCUUGGGGGCCAAACGGCCCCCUCAGCUUCCCCGGCUGACCGCCCCGAUCACCACGGCUCCUGCUCCAGAAGGAAAAGAUGGAGAAGAACGUCCCAAGAAGAGACUGGAUCCCCGCAUUUACCGCGACGUCCUAGGGGCUUGGGGGAUUCGGCAAGGCCGGGGCAUCCUGGGUGGGUUCCCAGGUUGGGGAGGGAGGGAGGGACUUGGAAGGAAGACUUCAGACAGGGUCCCAGGGGUCUCUGCUGGAGGUCCGGAGAGCAACGGCAGCGAGAGCUGUUCCCAGCCCGGGGCCAACCACACCUCCAGAGCAGGGUCCAUAACCUCUGGCACACCCCAAACGACACCCAGAACCAAGCUCCCUGUCAGGGCCGCCUCCGAAGGAGAACGAGCCGGAGAACAGAGUCGGUCCCGAAAGAGCCGGAGCCCUUCCCCUGGAGAGCAGCCAGCCCUACAGAGCCAAACCCUUCCCAGACCCUGGGCCCCUGGGGGCCUUAGAGAGAAAGAGUCCCCGGGAAAGAGGGCUGUGUCCCCGGGGCCUUUCGAGUUUCCGAACGGCUGGCAGGAAACCCACCGGGCUCACACCGUGCCCCGCAGUCCCCGCAGCUCUGCUGGGGGAAAUGGAGUGUUUGUCAUUGACGCCACGUGUGUUGUGAUCCGGGCCCAGUUCAUCCCGACUCCUCCGGUCCAACACGUGCAGCUCCUGUCUUCCCCGGGGCCACGGGAUGGGGGGGAUCCCCCGGCUCUCCAGACUCCCCGGAAAGAGGAGGGAGAGGAGGGGCAGGUCUUCCCCUCCCCGUGUCAGAAGCUGCUGCAGAGCAGCCGGCUAGCCCAGCAGCCCGGCAGAGGCCGCUCCGAUGCAUGGAGGGAGGAGAAUGCGGAGGCUGGGGAGCCGGGGGACCCCUCCCUGGAAGAACGCGCCUCCCGCAUCUUGGGGCUCCCAGUCAAGGAGCUGGACCUGGGCCCGUCCCCGGGUCAGUGCAGCUCAGAGCCCAGCAGCGGGGCAGCGGCGAGGAGCGCAGAGGGCGCCAGAGUCCAGCGGCCGGUGAGCAGAGGCUGGGGGCCAGACCCAGGGCCAUACGCCGGGGCCCUGCGGGAGGCCGUGUCCCGCAUCCGCCGCCAUACAGCCCCUGACUCGGACUCGGAUGAAGCCCCCGAGAGCGGCGCCCGGAGCGGCUCCUCUGAAGGAAGCGACACAGAAGCCUCGGUUGCCUCCAGGCAGCCUGAGCGAAGCCUGCCAGGAGGCCGAGACACACCUGGGACCCCAGGAGGCCCGGGCGAGGCUGGGCGUAGGGCCGGGGAGCUGCGAGACUGUAUCCGGGAGAUCCUGGAUGUGAUCUGCCAGACCGAGGAGGCGCUAUUCCGGGCCGAGGGUUCCGCUCAGGGAAAGCAGGGAGGAGAUCACCCUCCGCCAUAGGUUUCCUGGACCUCAGACUUGGUCCCAUCCUCCUCAGUUCGCCCUCACCACCCCCUUUCCUCUGACAGAAUUCCCUCUCCUCUCCCUUUCUUCUUCUUUAACCUUAUCCCUCCGUGCACCCCAAGCUGGAGGUCCCCACAGUGGAACCAGAGGAACAAAGCCAUUGGAGCUUUUAUGGGUUUCUUUUUUGAGUUAAGGAGUUGGAGGGAGCGGAAUCAUUUGUCUGGACCAAUUCAGUACCAAUAUAAAUUAAUUAAAGGGCUUAGGAAACAAA